AUGUCGUUCGAUUCAUCCUCCCCGCCAUUAAAUACCUCGGAUCCGAACGCCCGUGUCUUCAGCUCCUCAUGCUUCGACUUCCUUCUCAUAGAACUGGUGCCUAUGGCCGAGCGUAUGGCACGGGAUCUAGCAACUGAGGGCAAAGACACCGAAGAUGAAGAGGUAAGGGAGACGACGUUCUUCCGUCUGGAGUCUUUGGGUUAUCGUGUUGGACAAGGCCUUGCGGAACGGUUUUCUCGAGAUCGGCCUCGGUUUACCGAUAAUCUCGAUGUGAUCAAGUUCCUCUGCAAGGAUCUGUGGACAGUCUUAUUUAAGAAGCAGGUGGACAAUUUGAAAACAAACCAUCGGGGGGUCUACGUUUUGACCGAUAGCGCGUUCCGGCCUUUUGGGAGGAUGAGCAUGGCAGUCCGGAGCGAUGCGAUAUCUAUGGCGCAAGCAUACCUUUGGUUUCCCUGCGGUGUUAUUCGGGGCGCAUUGGCCAAUUUGGGCAUUAACACAACCGUGCAGGCCGAGACAUCGGACCUGCCAGGUGCGACUUUCCAGAUCAAAACCCUCCAGCCCCGGCCUUGA